UAGGGUUUUUGGAUGGAAGACGGCGGCGGUGUCAAGCGCCAGAGGGUUGUGGAUGUCCGUCGUGAGGAUGCGGAGAGGAUCCAUGGGCUGCUCAUGGCUUUCUCCGCCCAGCUCACUGAAGCCGAUCUUCAGGAUCCGACCAAGGUUAUGGAAGUCUACCAUUUCUCGCACCGGACGACGUUUGAUUACAUGGGCAGGCCUCUCACCAAGGAGCUCAUCGAUUUCAUAGAGGAGGAGCGCCCCGAGGUCAAACUCCCAGAAUCGAUAAUAGUCUCGGCUCCAGGAAAGCGCGGUCGCAAGCAGCUUCGUCCUUACGGUAUUUACGGUUUCAGGUACAUAACGGGCACCCCGGGCGCUGGCAAGAGUUGCAGCGUCGCAGCGUCUGUGCUCUACCUCUAUGGCAAGUUCGCGCGCGACAGGAUCGGCUCCUCGUCUCGGCCGCGUCGGAUUAUGCUGGUCGAUGGAGUUAAAAUGGCUUUUUUCCCGGAGAAUACGCUCUGGGAUGGGCUGUUUCAGGCUUUUGUGGACGACAACGCUGCCUUGCAGGAGCUCGAAGCGAUAGAGGCGGGCCAAGUAUCGAUCUUCGACGUGGAAAACUUCUUGAAGAGGAUGAUAAAUGUGGACCUGACCAUUGUCGUUGAUGACGGCAACAGGUUGGCGAGAGAUAGUCCGGGGCUACAAUCUCUCUGCAGGCUUCUCGAAUAUUGCGUCGUCGUCUUUUGUGUUUCAAUUUCAAGUGUAUGGACGCAAGUCCUUCGUCAUCCCAAGGCCCCGCAGUACAAGCUGGUUGUUGGAGGACUGAAUGACGAAGAACUGGCAUCCUAUCUCAACCUCUUUCAGUUCCAGCGCGUCGAUCUGUCUAAAACAGGUCGAGUUCCAAGGCUGCUGGAUCAAUUCGACACAGACAUGGAAGUGUUCCACCAGUGCAUCAUAUCAUUUGAGGCAGAUAUACAUACGUUCAUCCAGCGCCACCUGGGAGGGAACGUUCGAGAGCAGCUCCAGAAAGAGUUGACGGGCACAGAAACAGUUCCAAGGCUUCCUCUGCUGCUAGAGCCCAAGUGCUUCUACGUGGGCAAAGAUGGAACGCUCGAGGCUCUCACCCCUCAUUUUCAUUCCUAUGCGCUUAGCACCUUAGCUGGACUCAUGCGCGAGGAUGACCUCGAUGAGCAGCGGAAGCAGGUCACCUUCUGGGUACAAGCCGUUGCUAAGGACGACAACAUGGCUCGCAUCGGCUGGAAUGCCGAGAUGGCAGGAAUCCUCAGCACAAAGUUUAUGACUCAAGGCUUUUAUUACGCACAAGGCAAAAGGGCACACAUAACAGUGAAGCACGUCCUCAACUUCCAUGGACCAAUGUCCGGAAAGCUGCUCUCCGUUGAAGGAACAGCGCAUGUCCCAUACGACUUUAACCACGCUGGCAUUGACAUCUAUUUGGAAGACGAAAACUUCAUCGUGGCUCUCCAUUUUUCUGUCGCCAAGAACGCCAUCACUCAUCACAAGAAGACGGCGAAGAAGGCUGAGGAACUGUUUGUUGGCGACAAGCGGAUCAAGGUGCUUGUGUGGGUGAUUUACACGGACAGGUGGGUCUCGUACCGAGCAACAUCUAGAGUCCAUCCUGGCCUCGAGUAUUAUGUCGUCGUGAUGCCUUUCAGCUUCUUCAGUGUACAGCUUUCGAGCAUUGAUGCGAGGCUGGACGAGCUCAGGAAAAACACAGCCAGAACGGAUUUGCAAAGCUGCUCCGACUGUUGGGAAGAUAGAGGCGAUGCUCCCUGGGUGCAGUGUGACGUUUGUGACCUGUGGUACCACCAGCCUUGUGUCCACUACAAUCCAGCACCGGAGGUGGAUCCAGAACAGGGGGCAGAUCUAGUCGAAGAAGCAGGGGAAGAACGUAGAAACGAAGUCAACUGUGUCACUCAGGUACCGUUCAUGUGCCCCGCUUGUGCGCAGUAUUUCAAAUCGUAAGAUGCCUGUGUGCUUAGCUCAAACAAUCGUCAGCAACCACCACAACUGUCAAUUGCGUUAGUUCUACAAGUAUCAAUAAUUUUUGUCUAGGAACAUCUUCAAGUUUGCAGAUGUUGUGCAUUCUAUAUAUCUUUGAAAGCUAUAUGUAACUUAAUAAAGGCUGUAAGGUGUGGUAGGCACUCCCGAUUAAAUCA